CAACGCUAGCAGUAGCAGUCAGUGUGCAUGAAUCAGGUGGGCGGUCCGGUGUGGAAUGAGAGAAGGCGUCGAACUACCAGACAACUAGAAUCUAGAUCUAGAUAUCUAGUAAACAGACAGUCUAAAUAAAGUGAUGAGCUUGGAAUAAUAACACACAAUGACUUCAUUGGGGGCUUUGAGUUCAAAGUAGCCAGAUGUCAGCUUUUGGAGAUCACACGUCUGGUCCUCAGUGGUGACAGCGGAGAUCACACCACCGUGGUGGUGGUCUCGUUUAACGGAGCAGCCAUCUUGUCCCAGUCGCGAGAAUGGCGCACGGAUGGUGUUGUUGUGCCCUGGUGGUGGCUGCGAUCGUCCUGGUCCUCCUGUCCCCGGGCUAUGUUGAUUGUGGCGUUUUGCAGCGCGUGGAGCGGCCGUGUGGGCACACCGUCAAGAGGCUCUAUGAUGAAGUGUUCUACAAUGUGCACCUGGAGCCUGAGCACGUGUUGAAGAAACGCAGCCUGGACCAGCCCCUGCGGAUACACCUACACUUCGACUCCAGCAUCCAGUUGCUGCCCCUGGCUCACCAGGCGUUGGUUCGAGUAUGUGCAGCUUUCGCUCUUCUCUCGCUCGUAGUUUCAGAGAUCUAUGUCUGCUCUCCUUUAUUUUCUCAAAGCCACCAAAUUUUACUGCGGGCCACCCAUCUGCCGAUUCGGCUGCGCAGGAAGUGUGAGAGCAGCCAGGUGAAGUUCCGGGGCCGCACCACGUACUGCAUGCACGGCUGUCUGCAGACCACGGUGUGUGGGGACAUCACCAUACCCGAGGAGCAUCUGGAGGGCUGCAUGUACUACAACCCGCUGACCCGUCAGUACGUACGUGAGCCCUCGUCAUACCCGGGCAUCACCGACACAGACUUCAUCCUCUACAUCGCAACCAUCCCGUCACGCAAAUGUCGCGAGGGACAGACCAUCGCCUACGCUGCCCACUGCCAGCAAGACCAAGCUCUCGACAGACCAGUGGCUGGCUACUUCAGCAUCUGCCCCAACUCCAUCUCCACAUCCCGCCAGAACCAGCAACAACUCCUGUCCACCAUGAAGCACGAGAUUCUCCACGCUCUGGGCUUCACGGCUGGCCUGUACGCCUUCUACCGUGACGAUGACGGGAACCCCCUGACGGCGCGAGACCCCGUGUCUGGGAGGCCGCUGAGCUACAGUAUGGGCAUGUUCCAAUGGAGCUCGGCGGUCGUACGUGUGGUGGAUCGGCCACACUGGAUGGACGGAUCGGGCGUCCGGCACUCCAAGAAUGUCAACAUGAUGGUGACCCCGAGGGUGCAGGCGGAGGUGCGUCGACAUUUCAACUGUCCCUCGCUGGAGGGGGCGGAGCUAGAGGACCAGGGCAUUGACGGGACCGUGCUGACACACUGGGAGAAGCGUGUCUUUGAGAAUGAGGCUAUGACGGGCACAUACACACAGAACUCUGUCAUUUCACGCAUCACUCUGGCUAUGAUGGAAGACACCGGGUGGUACAGAGCCGACUACUCCAAAGCUGGACACUACGAGUGGGGCAAAAAUCUGGGCUGUGAGUUUGUCAACAACAGCUGCUAUGCCUGGAUACAGAUAUUUCAGCCGGUUGGCUGGCGUGCGACGAGACUACACGGGACGCUACGCUGGCUCCGUGGCUCUGGCUGACUACUGCCCCUACCUGCAGGAGUUUUCCUGGACGGAUGAGAACAACGUGCCCAUGAGAGGCUCCAACUGCCAGGAUUUUGAGAACAACUUGGCCCCGGCCACAAACUUCUACGGGGAGCUGUACGGAGCCAAAAGCCUGUGUUUUGAGCACGCCGGUCGCUGGUUCCUUCAUCAAUGCAGCUACACACGCUCUCCGCAACACGCCGGUAGUGGUUGUUAUGAGUACGACUGUGUGGAGGGCGUGGGCCUGUACGUGCGAGUAAAGAACGAGUCGUACAGAUGUUACAGACAGGGCCAGAUUCUGGACAUAGCCUUCCAGUCUGCCUACUACGUGCACAAGGGAACCAUCGUCUGCCCGGACUGUCAAGCCGUCUGCAAGGCCCACGGUGUGAGCUGCCCGGCGGACCGGGAACCUCCGUACAACCUGCCCAGGAAGCGGGUGGACUACUCUUUCUGCGCCGGCCGCUGCCUCGCGGGGAACCCUCUGCUGCUGCUGCUGCUGCUGUUACUGUCGCUGUCGCUGUCGUCAGUGGUGACGACCGGAACCUGGCGGCCGCUCCUCCCUUCUUCUGACGUCACCGACGGGUGGAGCUGACAUUGACACACCGCGGUGCGGGGCGAAGGGGGAGGGG